CAGACGACUCAAGCUCUCACACUCAUUCUGGAGAGAGAGAAAGAAAGAAGACGACGAGUUGUAUCUCCCUUGACCCCACCUUCAUCAGAUUUAAGCAGUACAAGAACAUCAGCACUGUAUCCAGAUCACUCAACCAGGCUUAUUCUUUAAGGAUCUUCCCAGAAGCUUUCUGUGAGUAAGGAUGGAGGAGCAGAUUUCAAAGAUGAACAUGUUUUCAUUGGACACCUUAAAGGACUUCACACAACAGAGCACAGACGGAGCUCAAGCAGAAAAAGGUCUGCGUAAAUCGUUUGGCCAAGGCCUGCUUUGUAAAGUUUGCUCUGACUCAAGCAGUGGCAAACACUAUGGCAUCUUUACCUGUAAUGGCUGCAGCGGCUUCUUCAAGCGCAGCGUGAGGAGAAGACUCGUCUAUAGGUGUCAGGCCGGAAAUGGCAGGUGCCCUGUUGACAAAGCGCAUCGAAACCAGUGCCAAGCUUGUCGAUUAAAGAAGUGCCUCCAGGCUGGCAUGAACAAAGAUGCUGUGCAGAAUGAGCGACAGCCUCGAAGCACAGCUCACAUCAGUCCGGACUCUAUAAAUGUCGACACAAAAAAGGAGCACCUGGUCACCACGCAAGCGCUCAGCCCCUCUGACACCUACUCAGCAGUCAUCUCCAGACCUCUGGUCACGUCGUCAGCUCCAACUUCUGCCACAGUAAAACCUUGCAGCAACAUAAGUAACAACCACCGCUUUAUGGUCAGCCUGUUGACUGCAGAAACCUGUGCAAAACUGGAGCCAGAGGACGUGGAGGAAAAUAUUGACGUGACAACAAAUUCAGAGAGGGACCUCACUCCCUUCGACAGCCGUUUGUCCCCGUAUACCUCCAGCUGUCCAGAGAAUGUGUAUGAGACAUCGGCACGACUCCUCUUCAUGUCAGUCAAGUGGGCAAAAAAUUUGCCUGUGUUUGCACACUUGCCAUUUCGUGACCAGGUGAUUCUUCUUGAAGAAGCUUGGAGUGAGAUGUUCCUCCUGUGUGCCAUCCAGUGGUCUCUGCCCAUGGACAGCUGUCCUCUUUUGUCUCUGCCAGACCUUUCUAUCCCACAGCAAGCCAAUAUCAGCCUUCUUACUGCUGACCUGCAGAUCUUAGAAGAAGUCUUUAGUCGCUUUAAAGCCCUGACUGUUGACCCGACAGAAUUUGCCUGUCUGAAGGCCAUUGUGCUGUUUAAGCCAGAGGUACGCAACCUUAAAGAUCCAGAACAGGUGGAGAAUCUGCAGGAUCAGUCACAGGUGCUGCUGGGUCAACACAUCCAUUCAGUGUACCCCAACCAGGGUGCCAGGUUUGGGAGAUUAAUUCUUCUGCUGCCUUCCCUCCGCUUUGUGAAUUCAGAGAAGAUCGCUAAGCUGUUCUUUCAGAGGACUAUUGGCAGCACACCCAUGGAGAAGCUGCUGUGUGACAUGUUCAAAAACUAACACAUGGAGGAAAACUUCCUGCAAGCAAAAAGCUGUGUGACUGUGUAAUUCAUGCAUUCUGCUGAUGAUUUCUUUCAUGUUUAACGCAAAAAAGCCUUGAUGACAAAAGAUAUUUUGACAUGUUACUGUUCGAAAAACACAGUCAUGAGUGGAUCAGAGACAUUUAUGUGAAACUGCGCUUUUUUUCCUCAAGACAAAGGCUUACUUCUGGUUAUGGCAUUCUAUUAAAGAACAUUUUUCUAUUCAGUUAUAACCACGAAGCCGUCUUGUGAAGCUUACAGCUGGACUUAAUCAUUCAGUGUACCUAGUAACAAGCGAAGUAACAGUACAUGCCAGCAAACAUGUUUUUAAAUGUUUUAAUUGUCUAUAAAUAUGAAGUUGUAUUGUCAAGUAUAAUGAUUUCUGGGAUUUUUUUUCUAUUUGAUUCACAUAGAGUAAAUAAACAAUGCAAUAAACACUAUAAAAUAUAGAAUUCA